AUGGUCCCCUUUUCGGGCAGGGUUGCGUUCCGGCAAUACGUGCCAAACAAGCCAGACCCUGUUGGGAUCAAACUGUUCGUUUUGGCCACAGCGUCUGGAAAAGUGAUAGGUUUUCACGCAUAUCAUGGCCAAACAACGUACGCCUCGGAAGCAGAGGAAAACAUGGGCGUUGGCAUUGGAGGACAAGCCGUCCUGAGGCUGACAAAGAACCUCGCUCCAGGACACGUGUUGUACUUCGACCGGUACUUCACAACGCUUUCACUUCUAAAAGUGCUACUUGAAAGAGGUUUUGGUUGUACGGGCACACUGAUGAUGAACCGUGUGCCUGGAGCACUGAAGACAAAGCUGCCCACCGACAAGAAACUGAACGAGAAAGGCCGUGGGACUCACGUUCAGGUGGUUAGUAGUGACAAACCCAUAUGCUUCGUAAAGUGGACGGACAACAAGGCUGUACACAUGGUAUCCACUGUGGACUCCGCCAGCCCAAGUGAUACCUGUCAACGAUGGUCAAAGGACAACAAACACACUGAAGUGUCACGCCCAGCCAUCAUUGCCAGGUACAACACCAACAUGGGGGGAGUCGACCUUUCGGACCGUCUCCUUAGUUACUUCCCUCUGAGGUCGCGGACGUCGAAAUGGACUGUCCGCGUCACCUUUCACAUGGUUGACUUAGCGUUGACCAACUCGUGGUUCCAGUACCUGGAGGAGAAGUGCACCACAGAAAGACAUCCUACAAUAUUUUGA